GCUGGUAUAAAAUAUACAUCCGCUGUUGAUUUACAAUUCAGUUGAACAUUAGCUAUAAUCGGUGUCGGUUUGCUUUUGAAUCGGGUUCUCUAAAUUCAUUUUUAAAAAAAUGUCGAAUCAACUGUUUUUUCGAUUUGUGAUGAUCACAAUUUUAAUAAAAACGGUGAUCAUGACACAAAACAGUGCUGAGUACAACGCAAUUGAUGAACGGAAUUGUGAUUCGUGUGAAAAUGAUUCGAAACCGUGUGAUUGCUCAGUGGACAAUUCCACUGUGCAUAGGACUCACCAUAACCAACCGCCAGUGAGAUUUAAUUCCAAUGGUACACUAAAAAUUGUCCAAUUUACCGAUUUACAUUAUGGUCAAUUUCCUGAAUCCAUUGGACCAGAGGAUGACUAUAAUUCGACCAGAGUGAUGCGUGAUAUAUUAGAGAUGGAACAGCCUGACUUUGUAAUUUUUACCGGCGAUCUCGUUACCGGUGAUAAAAUGUAUCCGAAUGUGAGCGAAUAUAUUCACAUGUUGCUGAAGCCGGUCGUCGAGAAAGGAUACAAAUGGGCGUCCGUGUAUGGUAAUCAUGAUAGUGCGCCGAACGUUAGUCGCCAUGAGAUUUUUCGUGCAGAACAAUCGUACGGAAAGUUGUGUUACACCAGCCAAGCAGAUCCUAGCCUUCCUGGCGUUACCAAUUAUUUCAUUCCAAUAUACGGACCGGAGAAUGCAACAAUAACGGGAAAAGAGAAGCCUGUCAUGGUAUGGUGGUUCUUUGACAGUCGAGGCGGUCGGACUGUCGAUGGUAAAGUACCGGAGUACGUUGAUGAUAGCGUUGUCGAAUGGUUUAGGAAUGAGAACAGUAAUAUUCGAUCGAAAUGGGGUCAAUUGCCGUCGUUGGUCUUUGUGCAUAUACCUACCCGGGAAUAUGUAACUAUGCAACAAACAAUCGCCGAAAAUAAUUUAUGUUCCGGAUUGGUGGACGAUGCAGUAACUCCUCAGGUAAAAGACAGUGGUUUUAUGAGGGCUCUGUUGGAGGCAGGAGGAGUGAGAUCGAUGUUUGUCGGCCACGAUCACGGAAAUUCAUGGUGUUGUCCCUACAAAGGCAUCGAAAUUUGCUAUAACAGACAUACCGGAUAUGGAGGAUAUGGAGAAUGGACUCGGGGUGCAAGAGUCAUAGGACUCGACGUUAACCACUUACAGGAACAAACCAAUUAUGUCCGUUUGGAGACAGGAGAAAUCACCGACGAAUUUCCCCCGAAACAGGUAGACUCCCUGCUGGCAUCAGUUUUACCACAAUGAGUCCGGUUAUCAUUUAAAAAAUAAAUUAUGUGGACGUGGGUGUGAUGGGUGUAUAUGCAAAAUACGUUGCCGAGAACCAAAGUAAAAAAUAAAAAAUUUUGUAAGCGAAAAUCAACGGU